GUUUAGCGAGGAGGCGCGCCCUUAUCCGGACAUCUUGGCUCAAGUGCUGUACUUCACUUAUUGGGUUCAUCCGGGAAUUCGAAUGCGUAAAUGCAGCCAUGUUGGCUCUGUAUUUUCUAGUUUCAUACAUUUCAGAGGGAGGAGCCUUUGGAUUUUGGACAAGAGUAGCAGCUUCGGAGCAGAGAGUGGCACUCAGGGAAAAAAGGCCAGGAGAAAAACGAUAGCCGUAAAUUUCGGAAUUUUUAGUGGAAUACGCUGCAUCCAUUGGAGCCAAGGCGUUUACUGCAAAUUCAGAGAGCAGCCAUGCGUGUGUUGGAGGAGGAAUGUAAGCUCCAGUGAUUCGUGCAGCUAACGGUACAAAUCAAGAAACGUUAUACAUAAGGCUCCGUACCCUGUACAGUCUAAUUAAUCCUGCUAGCUAGCUUUAGAUUGUCAACCAUUUUCACUAAGCUAGGAUCUUAGCUAGCUGCUUGUGCAGCCGCGCUACGGAUGUUGCUGCCAAAUCGUCGGAAAACUGGUUUCUUUCUCACCGACGACAUCAUCUUCGGAUCAGCGUUUUAAUCGACGCUCCCGGUGCAGCGGUCAGCGCGGAUCAGCGGAUUAGAGAGCCGGGCUGCUAGACGAGGAAGGAGAAGGUGGGGCGGAGGAGUGUCAGCCCCAUAACGCACAUCGCAAAGCAAGCGAGCUGGCUAGCUAGUUAGCCGGUUUCUGUCACUGGCAUUCCUGGGAAUAAUCAUAUGAACGGGAAAUAUCUGCGGUGAAUAGCAGCCUCGUGAUUUUCAACGCAUAUUGAGUUUGCAUCUCAACGCAGAACCAAACAAAGCUGCAGCCGUCGAUUGCAUUCACAAAUACAUCCCAGGUUUUGACGGAUUUCCCCGGAGAUAACGUUAGCAAGCUAGAAUCCCCGAUUCCCGUUGGACCAUGGCUGACGACGACGUGCUGUUUGAAGAUGUAUACGAGCUGUGUGAGGUGAUCGGGAAGGGGCCAUUUAGUGUGGUGCGCAGAUGCAUUAACCGGGACACAGGACAGCAGUUUGCUGUGAAGAUUGUGGAUGUGGCCAGUUUCACCUCCAGCCCUGGGCUCAGUACAGAAGAUCUGAAGCGAGAGGCUAGUAUCUGUCACAUGCUGAAGCAUCCUCACAUUGUAGAACUCCUGGAAACAUACAGCUCAGAUGGAAUGCUCUAUAUGGUUUUUGAGUUUAUGGAUGGGGCAGAUCUUUGUUUUGAGAUUGUGAAGAGGGCAGAUGCAGGUUUUGUCUAUAGUGAGGCUGUGGCCAGCCACUACAUGCGUCAGAUAUUAGAAGCACUGCGCUACUGCCAUGACAACAAUGUUAUUCACCGAGAUGUCAAGCCUCACUGUGUGCUCCUGGCGUCUAAAGAGAAUUCUGCUCCUGUCAAGCUGGGUGGUUUUGGGGUGGCCAUUCAGCUGGGCGAGUCUGGCUUGGUGGCUGGAGGGCGGGUAGGCACGCCUCACUUCAUGGCCCCUGAAGUGGUUAAGAGGGAACCAUAUGGGAAGCCUGUAGAUGUGUGGGGCUGCGGUGUCAUCCUCUUCAUCCUGCUCAGUGGCUGCCUUCCCUUCUAUGGCACUAAGGAGCGCCUGUUUGAGGGCAUUAUUAAAGGCAAAUACAAGAUGAACCCUCGGCAGUGGAGCCAUAUCUCAGAGAGUGCAAAAGACUUGGUGCGGCGCAUGCUGAUGCUGGACCCUGCUGAGAGGAUUACCGUCUAUGAAGCCCUCAAUCACCCUUGGCUAAAAGAGCGGGAUCGCUAUGCCUACAAGAUCCACCUGCCUGAGACUGUGGAACAGCUGAGGAAGUUCAAUGCCAGAAGAAAGCUGAAGGGAGCAGUGCUUGCUGCUGUAUCCAGCCAUAAAUUCAACUCUUUCUAUGGUGACCCCCCAGAGGAACUUCAUGAUUUCACAGAGGACCCCACCUCCUCAGGAUUGCUUGCUGCAGAAAGGGCAGUUUCUCAGGUUCUGGAUAGUCUAGAAGAGAUCCAUGCACUGACUGACUGCAGUGAGAAAGAUCUGGAUUUCCUACACAGUGUUUUCCAGGACCAACAUUUACACACACUGUUGGAUCUUUAUGACAAGAUCAACACAAGGUCUUCACCACAGAUCAGAAAUCCACCCAGCGAUGCUGUUCAGAGAGCCAAAGAGGUGUUGGAGACAAUCUCCUGUUACCCAGAGAACAUGGAGGCUAAAGAGUUGAGGCGGAUUCUCACACAGCCUCACUUUAUGGCAUUGCUGCAGACACAUGAUGUUGUUGCUCAUGAAGUGUACAGCGACGAGGCACUGAGGGUCACCCCGCCUCCAACCUCACCUUACCUGAAUGGAGAUUCUCCUGAGAGUGUCAAUGGAGACAUGGACCUUGAGAAUGUAACCCGGGUUCGGCUGGUGCAGUUUCAGAAGAACACAGAUGAACCUAUGGGCAUCACUCUAAAAAUGAACGAUCUGAACCACUGCAUUGUAGCUCGUAUUAUGCAUGGAGGAAUGAUCCACAGGCAAGGAACGCUGCAUGUGGGUGAUGAAAUUCGUGAGAUUAAUGGCAUCAGUGUAGCCAAUCAGACGGUGGAGCAGCUUCAAAAAAUGCUGAGGGAGAUGCGUGGGAGUAUCACAUUCAAGAUUGUACCAAGUUAUCGCAGCCAGUCCCUGUCUUGUGAUAAGGACUCACCUGACCUGACCAGACAUUCUCCUGCCAACGGUCAUGCCAGUGUCACCAGCUCCAUUUUGGACUUGCCAGCAACCAUCCAACCCAAAGGACGACAGAUCUCCAGACCUGCAAUCAAGGAUAAAAUGUCCAUGAAGAUAUUCGUACGCGCACAGUUUGAGUAUGACCCCGCUAAAGAUGACCUCAUCCCAUGUAAAGAAGCGGGCAUUCGCUUCCGGGUUGGUGACAUAAUCCAGAUCAUCAGUAAGGACGACCACAACUGGUGGCAGGGAAAGCUGGAGAAUAUGAAGAAUGGUACAGCUGGACUCAUUCCCUCUCCUGAGCUGCAGGAGUGGCGUGUGGCCUGCUUAGCAAUGGAGAAAACCAAGCAGGAGCAGCAGGCCAGUUGUACCUGGUUUGGCAAGAAGAAGAAACAGUACAAAGACAAAUACCUAGCUAAGCAUAAUGCAGUGUUCGACCAACUAGAUCUUGUCACAUAUGAAGAAGUUGUGAAGUUUCCUGCUUUCAAGAGAAAAACACUGGUGUUAUUAGGAGCCCAUGGAGUCGGCAGGCGACACAUCAAGAAUACACUAAUAGCAAAGCACCCAAACAGAUUUGCUUACCCCAUCCCACACACAACCAGAUCUCCUAAAAAGGAUGAGGAAAAUGGCAAGAAUUACUACUUUGUGUCACAUGACCAGAUGAUGCAGGACAUCUCAAACAACGAGUACCUGGAGUAUGGGAGCCAUGAGGAUGCUAUGUAUGGCACACGUCUGGAGACCAUCCGAAAGAUCCAUGAGCAGGGCAUGAUCUCCAUCCUGGAUGUAGAGCCACAGGCACUGAAAGUUUUGCGGACAGCUGAAUUUGCUCCCUAUGUCGUUUUCAUCGCUGCGCCUACUGUCACCCCUGGUAUGAAUGAGGACGAGUCUCUGCAAAGGCUGCAGAAAGAAUCUGAGGCCCUGCAGAAGUCCUAUGCUCACUACUUCGACAUGACCAUCAUCAACAAUGAGAUUGAUGAAACCAUCCGACUACUGGAAGAAGCCAUUGAUGUAGUGUCUACCACCGCUCAGUGGGUGCCUGUGUCCUGGGUCUACUAGCGCCCCCUAUAUGCCACAGUUUUACACUAUUGUGGCCUAGGCUAAUCCUCUUCCUCAGAAAAGAAAAAAAAAAAAGAACCACACACAUUCAUCUCUAACAGAUUCAGACUCACAAACCACUAGUCCAUGUGUUGAUAUCAUCAAGACCCUCCUGUGGGACUGCAAAAGCAUAGUGCUGUACAUAUCUAAACAUAUAAAUAUAUAAAUAUUAAUAUAAAAAGAAUAAAUAUGGUCCUGUACUUAUAGCUAGGGGUUGGACUUUUUGUACUUUGUUUUUUGAAUGAAAGAGACGGCAUCUCAGAGCAAUGAUGAGCACAGUAAGGUGGUCGGUGAUUGGCUGGGGGUGUUGGUUGACAUGAGAGUUUGCGAGGAGGUGUCCAUACACAGAUUUAAUACUUGGGCACAGCCUGAUUGGGCAGAAGAAAAACCCUUGUUCCUUGUCUCACCCCACCAGUCCAACUCAGUUCAAUGUCACAUUUCCUGGACAUGUUCACAGUGGCAUGUCCAUGGACAGUUGAUAAGCACAGUUGGCUUGAGUGCGCCAAAAUUCUAUCUUAUUUAUUUUUCAAAGGGACUGGACCUGUUGGAAGUUUGGUGUCUUUAGCCUGUGCUGGUCUCUCACCCUUUCUUGUUAAUUCCUCUGUUUGUUUAGCACUCUUAAUUUGCACAAUGGACAAUAGAGGGGAUGGGUGCUCUCUCUCUCUCUCUCUCUCUCUCUCUCUCUCUCUCAUUCUUGUAUUCUCUCUCUCUCGCUCUCUCACUUAAUAUCUCUCUCUCAGUUCCUCCUUGUUUCUUUCCAAGUGAAUAAUUCAUAAUGGUUAAAGAGUGCAGUGUGUUUGGUGUAACAAGUAUCAUACUUCUUUCAUCUCCUGAAAAAACAGCAACAAAAAAAGAAUAUUGUCAAAAAGAUGUUUGGGGGAUACAGACACCUAUGCACAUCCCUGUAACUCUGGAACGCUGGUUAACCCUCUGAGUGGACAACCUUUUUCAUGGCCUGUCAAGUGAUGUGUUUGUAAAAUUUUGUCUUUGAAUUUUUUUUUUGUCGUGUGGGUGGGGGGAAAGACAAUUUCCUGGAUCUGCCAUUUCAGAAAUGUGUUGUCUUAAGAGUAUUAUUGUUUUAUGUUUAUCCCAGGAAUAUGGAGACCGAGGAGAUUUUAUUGUGUCUACCUGUUUCCAUGGUACAUACAUUCUUCUGAAAUGAAGAAAUGUUUUGUGCAUAGACAUAAAUGAACUCAGUGUGACAGACUCUUCAUUUCAUAUUUCCCUUGUGUAAAUUUCUCUGAAAAUAAGUUACUCCUCAGUAUGGCUUUUGUAAAUAGAUUUCCUUUCAUGUGUUGGGGAAAAGUAAACUGCCUUUGAAUUCAUGAGAAA